CAACUCAAUCCUCAAUUUGGUACUCCAUAUUUGUUGGUAGUUCAUGUCAGUCAUAAACUCUAGAGUUAAUUUCGUUGGCGUUGUUAUCUGGCACCAGUAGCACAAGCUACAAAGCAACAUCAUCACUUUGGGGCAUAAAAGCUUGAUCAAACCUCCCCUCAAUACCAGAAAAAGUGAAAUUUUGUGGUUAUCUGCUUACUAAAGUGUAACCCGAAAAUAUGCGAGUUUAGGCUAAUUAGCUUUCGUGUUUUGUUAACUAUAAAUAACGUAGUAAAACCACAAAUUAGUAUCAGUUUUUGAAGCAAAUUCAAUUGCACUACCAACAGUGCUAUCCCCUCUUACAGCGUGGAAAUAACAGGAACCACUACCCACAGCAACAUGCAGCUUCAAGCUUUCAGUUUUGUUUUAUUGGCUACCAUUUGUGGUUUGGCGGCAACCAUUGAAGCAGCACCAGCAGCAGAGCAAGCCCUACAUCACCCACAUCGCCAAAAUAAACGCAAAGUUCACCACGGAGCCAAUGAGGGUAAUAAUGGCUUCAAUUACCAUUCUGGUGCGGUUGCUAAAUAUGCGGAACCAGCUAAACAUGAACAACACAACGAGUCCAAGCACCUCAACAAACAUUUCGAAAUAAGUGGUGCGAUGGCAAUUGGAAAAUUCCAUGCUGAAAAUAACAGUUUCGAGGACUAUCACGACCAUGAGGAUAUUCACCAUGAUUACCAUUCGAGUCCCACAUACCAGUUCGAGUACGGAGUUAAGGAUCAUAAGACUGGCGAUGACAAAAACCAUUGGGAAGAAAGGGAUGGUGACAUGGUUAAAGGGAGUUAUACCAUCAAAGAAGCCGAUGGCACUACUCGUAUUGUUGACUAUACCGCUGACCAUCAUAAUGGUUAUCAGGCUUUAGUUAAGGUUUUGCCACCGGAUCAUGGACAUGACGCCAUCAAGAAAAAUCGAAUUUUUGGAAUUAAAUUCGUUAAUAAAAUGCUGUGUCUAAGAGUAGUUCUAUUUGUCUUGGCCAUCUCCGGCACGACGUUUGCAGGAUAUUCCCACGGAGGUACAAGCUACACGGUGGUAACAAAACAUGAUGCGCCCCAUUAUUCCGUUAAAUAUGGCGGUGGUCUUGGCCAAGGCCAUUAUGACUUGGGUCAUUAUGGUAUCCAUUUAAAUCAUGGAUAUGGUCAUGGUGCUCAUAUUGAUCAUCACCACAAACAUGAUUACUACAAAUAUCCCAAAUACCAAUUCGACUAUGGUGUGAAGGACCUGAAAACGGGUGAUAUUAAGAACCAAUGGGAACAUAGAGAUGGAGGCUUGGUUAAGGGUGGUUACUCUUUGAAAGAAGCCGAUGGCACAACCAGAGUAGUAGAGUAUCAUGCUGAUGAUCACAAUGGCUUUAAUGCCAUCGUAAAAAAGAUAGGUCAUGCCCAUCAUCCAGAUUUAUAUGCAAAGUCCCAUCACUAUGGCGCUGAUAAUGGUUAUGGUUAUGCUACAAAUGGCUUGGAUUAUGGCUAUAAUCAUGGUGGAUAUGGUUACGGUCUUGGCCAUGAACAAGGCCACGGACAUGCCAGUAGCUAUGUGAAUGUCAAGCAAUUGUAAUAUUGUAUGAACUUAUGUGAUUCCGCAAAACAACAUUGAAUCCUGACUGUAA